AUGAAGAUGCUACUGACCAUCCUGGUCACAGCGUCCCUGGCUGCUCACAUCCCUGAGAACACUUCGGAUAUUCUUCAGCACGUGAAAUUCCAGUCCAGCAACUUCGAGAACAUCCUGACGUGGGACAGUGGGCCACAGACUGCCCCGGACACAGUCUACAGUGUCGAGUAUAAGAUGUACGGAGAGAAAGCCUGGCUGCCAAAGGAGGGGUGCCAGCGGAUCACCCGCAAAUCCUGCAACCUGACCAUGGAGACGGCCAACUACAAUGAGUCCUACUACGCCAGGGUGACCGCCACCAGCACGAGGGGCCAGUCGGUCACCCAGAUGACUGAACGGUUCUGUUCACAGUAUGUCACUACCAUCAAACCACCUGAAGUAACCUGUAUUCCCAAGGUGAGAUCCAUCCAGAUGAUUGUUCACCCCUCUCCCACACCCAUCCAAGCAGGAGAUGGCCACUGGCUAACCCUGGAGGACAUCUUCCAGGAACUGUACUACCGCUUGAAACUCCAAGACAACCACACCUUCCAGGUGCACCUUGAAGGGAAACAGAGAGAAUUUGAGUUCAGUGGACUGACCCCUGACACAGAGUUCCUUGGGACUACCACGAUUUGGCUUCCAAACUGGUCCAAAGAGAGCCGCCCGUAUGUGUGCCGAGUGAAGACACUGCCAGAUCAGACGUGGACCUACUCCUUCUCAGGUGCCGCCCUGUUCCUCAUGGGCCUCCUGGUUGCAGGCCUCUGCUGCUGCCUGAGCUACAGAUAUGUCACCAAGCCAUCUCUACCUCCCAACUCGCUGAACAUCCCGCGCGUGCUGACCUUCCAGCCUCUGCAGCUGAUCCAGAAGGAGCAUGUGCUCAUCCCCAUCUUUGAGAUCAGCAGGCCCAGCAGUGUGGCCCAGACGGUCCAGUAUUCCCAAGUCAUGGUGUCCCAGCCCAAGGAGCCCCAGGGAGCCCCAUCGCCGCACAGCCAGCCUGGGAUCACCUACCUCGGGCAGCCAGACAUCGCCCGCCAGUCCUCCAGAGCUCCACCUCCCCAGACACUGCCCUCCCUGUCCUAUGCCCCACAGGUUGCUGCUGAGGUCAAGCUCCCAUCUUAUGCACCUCAGGUAACCCCUGAAGCUAAACCCCUAUUCUAUACACCACAGGCCAUCUCUGAGGUCCAGCCCCACUCCUAUACCCCUCAAGCCACUCAGGACAGCUGGCUGCCUUCCUACGGGAUUUGCAUGGAAGGUGCUGGCAAAGACUCCCCACCCAUGACACUCUCUAGUCCCAAACACCUCAAGCCUAAAGGUCAGCUCCAGAAGGAGGCACUAGAUGGAAACAGUGUCCCAGGUGGCUUUUCUCUGCAGGGGGUGACCUCCUUGGCUACAGGGGAGCCCCAAGAAACAAAAUGUUUCCAUCAGCAUCUGGGGAUUCAUACUGACCCAAACGUGCCACAGAGAGGAGACCCUGGGACACCAGGGUACCUCAAGGCCCAGCUGCCCCUCCUCUCCUCUGUCCAGAUAGAAGGCCACCCUGUGUCCCUCCCCGUGCACAUGCCUUCCAUCCCACGUUCCCCCACGGACCAGGGUCCAAGUCCCUGGGGCAUGCUGGAGUCCCUAGUGUGUCCCGAGGAUGAGGGUCCAGUGUCUGAGACUGAGGCCACCAACCCAGCCACUCAGGCCGCAGACCUGGAGCAGCCCACAGAACUGCACUCUCUCUUCAGAGGCCUGACCGUGCAGUGGGAGUCCUGA